AUGUAUCUCAAAGACAUGUUCCCAUUUGUCUCCCAUUUUUGCUCAUCAAACUUUCAGGUCAGUUUUGUCUCUCUCUCUCUCACUCACUCACUCCCUCUUUCUUCUUUGUUUUUUAUUCUCUUUUUUCAACAUUAUUUUAUUAUUGUUCUCUCUCAGUAUACAUUUCUCUUGGUUUCAGUUCUCUCUGUUGGUCUCUCUCCCUCUUUCUUUUUUGCUUUUCAUUCUCUCUUUUCAAUGUUAUUUUAUUAUUGCUCUUUAUUCAUAUACACUUUCCCUUGUUUCAUUUCUCUUUCUCUCUUUUUAUCUUUCGUCUCUUUCAUUCUCUCUUUUCAAUGUUAUUUUAUUAUUGUUCUUUAUUCAUAUACACUUUCCCUUGUUUCAUUUCUCUUUCUCUCUUUUUAUCUUUCGUCUCUUUCAUUCUCUCUUUUCAAUGUUAUUUUAUUAUUGCUCUUUAUUCAUAUACACUUUCCCUUGUUUCAUUUCUCUUUCUCUCUUUUUAUCUUUCGUCUCUUUCCUUCUCUCUUUUCAAUGUUAUUUUAUUAUUGCUCUUUAUUCAUAUACACUUUCCCUUGUUUCAUUUCUCUUUCUCUCUUUUUAUCUUUCGUCUCUUUCAUUCUCUCUUUUCAAUGUUAUUUUAUUAUUGCUCUUUAUUCAUAUACAUUCAUUUCUCUUUCUCUCUUUUUAUCUUUCGUCUUUUUCAUUCUCUCUUUUCAAUGUUAUUUUAUUAUUGCUCUUUAUUCAUAUACACUUUCCCUUGUUUCAUUUCUCUUUCUCUCUUUUUAUCUUUCGUCUCUUUCAUUCUCUCUUUUCAAUGUUAUUUUAUUAUUGCUCUUUAUUCAUAUACACUUUCCCUUGUUUCAUUUCUCUUUCUCUCUUUUUAUCUUUCGUCUCUUUCAUUCUCUCUUUUCAAUGUUAUUUUAUUAUUGUUCUUUAUUCAUAUACACUUUCCCUUGUUUCAUUUCUCUUUCUCUCUUUUUUUCUUUUUCGUCUCUUUCAUUCUCUCUUUUCAAUGUUAUUUUAUUAUUGCUUUCUUAUUCAUAUACACUUUCCUUGUUAAAAUUCUCUUUCUCUCUUUUUAUCUUUCUCUCUUUCCUUCUCUCUUUUUCAAUGUUAUUUUAUUAUUGCUCUUUUUCAUAUACACUUUCCUUGUUUUCAUUUCUCUUUCUCUCCUUUUAUCUUUCGUCUCUUUCAUUCUCUCUUUUCAAUGUUAUUUUAUUAUUCUUCUUUAUUCAUAUACACUUUCUUUGUUUCAUUUCUCUUUCUCUUUUUUAUCUUUCGUCUCUUUUCAUUCUCUCUUUUCAAUUUUAUUUUUCUUUAUUGUUCUUUUUCAUUUCAUUCAUUUCUCUUUCUCUCUUUUUUUCUUUCUCUUUUUUCAUUCUCUCUUUUCAAUGUUAUUUUAUUAUUGUUCUUUAUUCAUAUACACUUUCCCUUGUUUCAUUUCUCUUUCUCUCUUUUUAUCUUUCGUCUUUUUAA